AACGUUACACCAACGUCUCAUUGAAGACAGGCCAACUGCCAAUCUCUGGAUUGAUUAGACGCAGUACUCAACAUGCCGGACUCUCUGCAAAUAGCGUUGAAAAAUGACGGCGAUUCUGACAACAUCUUUGCCUACGUGACUGGAAUUGCUAUCAAGCAAGAAGGAAAGCGAUGCCUUCUCAAGGCGAACGGCAAGGACCUCUACUUCCCGCAAGAGGUCAAAGACAUCGGAUCCAAGCUGGCAGAAGACUGCGCGAUUCCCCUCGGGCCGCCUGGAAAUACCACGACCAUAACCAUUUCGCAGAUCGCCGGAGGAAGAAUAUGGUUCUCUGAGGGCCCUUUGACGUUCUUGCUCAACCCAGGAGGACCAGCCUUGGUGGAACCGUCAGUGUUGAAUCCAAGUGAUCCGAAUGCAAAGGUCAACUUUGGCUUCGCUGAGUUCACAUUGAACAAUGAUCAGCUCUAUGCGAACAUUUCAUACGUGGAUAUGGUGCCCCGAAUACCGAUUGCACUCACGCUACAACAGCAGUCGGGCGAGACUCAGCACGUGGCAGGAAUGGCACCUGAUGGGCUUGAUAACAUGGCCGAGAGCCUCAAGCAGCAGUCGCAGCAGGACGGCCAGCCUUGGGACAAGCUGAUCGUCAGCCAAGACGGCCGCAAUCUGCGAAUUUUGAAUGCCACGCACGGUGGCGCUGUGGGCGCGAGCUUCGAUGGCUACUUCGAGCCAUUUGUGGACGAAGUGUGGGAGAAGUACAAGAAGGAAGCCAAGAUGCAGAUUAACACACAGGCGGGCCCAGGGAUCUUGUCUGGAACGGUCAACCACAAAGGCAGGCUAGUCAUUGGCGAUGAGGAGUUCGAAAAGCCUUGCACCGCCGAUAUUCUGGGAUGUAACAGCGGCCCAUUCACGACGGGUCAGUCACUCACCCGAAACGCCAUCAUUCCUCGUCUAGCAGCCGCAUUCGUUCGCACCGCGCUCGUCGACACGGAACAUCAUCCCAGCUCUCCAGACACUUUCUACCGGCGAGAUCCCACGAAUCACUAUGCGAGACUGGUACACGAGCACAACGUGGACAAGAAGGGCUAUGCUUUUGCAUAUGAUGAUGUACAGCCAGAUGAAGGCGAGGAUCAGUCCGGCAAGGUGAACGCUGGAGAUCCAGUACUGUUCACCGUGACUGUUGGUGGGAAGAGUGCUGCUGCAGGAGGUAGUACAGAUGGCAACGCUCAACCGCAGCAGAACUACGACAGACCUCCACCACCGCCGCCUCCCGAGAGUCACCCGAACCAUCAAGGGUCGAAGCAGAAGUUGAUGGGCAAGCUGGGUGGCUAUGCCAAAGGGCUGUUGAGGUGA